AUGACAAUAACAAGCUUGAAUUUACCACAUGCUACAUCUAUAGUAGAGGAAUCUAAACCUCGUGCAAUAAAUCAAGAUCAACGCGAAACUGUAGAGAAACUUCUCGAUUAUUAUUCUACUUUAGCUAAAGAUAAUUCGAGUUGGAUGGAAACUGUCACUCCAACUUUGCCAGAAUUAAUUAUAAAAUUUCCAAAGCUAGCUUAUCGACCAAAUAAUGUUCUGGAUGAGAUUCACUCUUUCGAUGUCGAAUUUAACCUUUUCAAUAAUCAUCGUCAACCAGAAAAUGAGAAAUUACUCAACGAUAUAUCUAAAUAUCGAAAGAUGAAUAUGAAAUGUUUUCAGGUCCCUCUCCCAGGACUAAUGAAAAGUGGCUUGACUUCUACUAGGAAAGAAAGAAUCUGGAAUUUAUCCAUUGGCGUUAUAUUGACCUCUGAUACCCGAAAAGAAUCUCCUUAUUGUCAAAAACACGGUCUUCAGUGUGAAAGUCAUGUGAUAUACUAUUCACUAGCUGGUUUAUUACUUUGGAUUGCAUUCUUUUUUCAAAUGCGAUUUUUACCGGGAUUCGCAAUCACCAUGCAAUUGGUGCUUUUGCGAUUUGCUCCAGUAAUCAAUAUUUUACCCGAGUCCUCCACGUUUAACGGUUCUUUUAUAACGGAGAAUCCUAACAACGGAACCAUACAAAUUCUCGAAAACAAUACGCAUUUACGCAACAAAGAAAUGUUUACUACGCGAUGUCAAUCGAAAAAUGGGAAAAAUCUACGGAAAACAAUGAAAAACAAUCGAGAUGACUCAUACGAAGAAACCACAGAAAAAAUCCUUAGAACAACCGAAGAAAGGUUUAAGACCACCGAAAAAAAAGCUUGA